GGGGGGGGGGGUCUCCUCCCAGACUCAGUGGAGCCUCGUUGUAACAGCCUCAUUGAGACUGAAUGGGACGUCUUAAUUACUCCAGUUGUGAAAACUAAAGGAGGGAAGGGAGGACGUGAGCUUUGAUCUCCAGGCCCAGGGAGGCCGAGCCGGGGCGGGACGCGUCCCAUAAAUACAGCCGGGGGCCGAGGACCAGGACCCAGUCACACUCUCAGGACCCCACGGACCCACUCACACUCUCAGGACCCCACGGACCCACUCACAAGGAUUAAUUCAUUCUCUGCUCAUGGCCUCCACCUCCACCUCCACCUCCACCAAACUCCAGCUCCCAGCCGCCAUGAGAGGACGCUUCUCCAUCGAGUGGAUGGCUCAGAGCAGCCAGACCCGGAUCCAGACCCAGACCCAGACCCGGACCCCGGGAUCAGGACCAGGACCUGGACCUGCAGCCUGCGGGACGCACUCAGAAAGUCUUCCAGGUUUCUACUGCCGACAGAAAACUGAGCAGGAAGGUUCAGAGAGUCUGAGCGGCUCCUUCCAGCUCCAAGGGCCUGAGGCCGGAUUCAGCAGCGGGACAGAGGAGGAGACGUCCGGCUACGAGAGCGAAGGAGGUCACUCCCUCUCCCCGUCCUCGUCCUCCUCCUCCUCCUCCUCCUCCUCCUCCUCCUCCUCCUCCUCGGCCGCUGCCUCCAUGUCGCCGGCCUCGCCUCCUGCGGGGAGGAGGCCCCGGACGGCGUUCACGUCGGAGCAGAUCAGCAGCCUGGAGAAGGCCUUCAAGAAGAACGCUUACCUGGGACAACAGGACAAAGCCGACCUCUGCAGGAAACUCAGCCUGUCGGACAAACAGGUCAGAAACUGGUUCCAGAACCGGAGGAUGAAGCUGAAGAGGACGGUGCAGGACGCCCUGGCUCACGCCUGCCAGGUCAACUCUCACUUCGUCCAUUACGGCGAGCUGCAGGCCUACCGGCCCGGGCCCUACCCCAGAUACCCCCCGGCGGGGGCACCGGCCCCCGAGGCCCCGGCUGCUGCAGCCUCCUACGUCCACCCACAUCCACACGGCCUCCAGUACAGCUCCGCCCUGCCCCUGGACUCCUUCUACCAGUACGGAGGCCUGCAGGGCGUCGUGCUGCCCUCGGCCUCGUCCGCCCUCAGAGGAUCCUACCCUCAGUACUACUGAUGCACCACAGCAUAUUUUGUUUUUAAACAAAAAUAUAUAUAUAUAAAUCUUAUCCUAAUAGGAUCAACGCUACAAUAAAAUAAAAAAUCACCACAGUUACUGCUUUGAAGCUUGGACGGUGAAUCAAACAGGGUGGUGUGCAAUAAUGUGAUUUAAGUGUGUUUCUCUGCUUGAUGUAUAAAGUUUAAAUGUAUUUAAAAAUCUAUGAAGUGUUUUUAUCAGAUUACUGCUAAUGUCACUGAAACCAGAUUAAAAUAAAGAUGUUUUUUAUCAGA